AUGCCCAACAAGUUAGAGGAGACCCCGAACAAGUUUCUCAAACCCGGCGGAAGGGACGCGUUCAUGGGGGUCAGGCUGUUUGAGGGCAACGAUGAUGUGUUGUUGGAGGAGGAGGCCCCGAAAGCUAUGAUGCAGUUGGGCCCGACGCCGUACUGGAUCAAGGAGGCGAACGAGACCUUGGGCAUCCCAAACGAGGAUGACGAUGAACAGGAGGGUUUGUUUGGGUACUAUGACAUUGAGCAUUUCACCUGA